AUGCUAGGAGUUCUGCUCCAUGUUAUCGGAGAUGCAGUCAACAAUCUCGGCGUUAUGAUCGCUGCAUUGGUGAUCUGGUUCACAAAAUCUGAAGGACGAUAUUAUGCCGAUCCGGGAGCAAUGCGGAAUUCCGGAUCCAUCCUCUUGGGGAGUACACCCUCUGGUGUUGAUCUCAAUGACUUAAGAUGUGAUCUGGAAAAGAUCCAGGGAGUGUUAUCAAUUCAUGAAAUCAAGGUGUGGCAUAUCAGCCAGCACAAGUCCUUGGCUAUCAUUAGUGUGCUUGUCACCGACCAACAUGUCCCAGGAUUUAUCAAGCUGGCCAGCAUGGUCGACGAGUGUUGUCAGAAAUAUGGCAUCCAAUCAGUUGCUCUUCGGCCAGAUUUUGCGUUCGCAGGAAUUGUCACUGUCAAUGGUAAACCGGAUUUGGAGAGCGAUGUGGGCAAUAGGAUGUAG